AAUGGCGAUCUGCUGAUGUUUAUAACUAACGAAGUUGGAACAGACUAUUGAAUAAUAAUUAUUUUACAUCCAAACACAAAUUCAUAUAUUCUUGUUUUGCAUAAGUAAUAAGUUACAGUGUGCAAAUUUGAAAUGGAAUGUUACGUUGAAAAAUUAAGAGAAUUUAUAGGCCUAUCUGGGGGACAAGCACAUCAUCUCUUUUUGGAGUUUUCACUCAUAGUAUGGGUACUUUGGUUAAUAUGCAAGAAAAGCACAACAAAUGAACUAAAACUCACAGAAAAUGAAAAAGAAGCCUUGAUCAGAGAUUACGAGCCAGAACCUUUAGUCACUGAAGUGUCCCCAUCUCACUUUGCCCUAAAGCCAAGAGUCGUACGAGGGAAGGCUGGCAAAUACAUAAACAUUGAUGGAAUAGAAUGCUUGAAUUUUGCAACCCACAACUAUCUUGGAUUCAUCGGAGAUGAUAGUGUUGAAAAAGAUGCGAUGAAGACGAUAGAAAAAUAUGGGGUCGGCUCGUGUGGACCUCGAGGAUUCUAUGGAACAACUGAAGUUCACUUGGCAUUAGAGAAACAGUUGGCAGAAUUCAUGGGAGCUGAGGAUGCUGUGGUCUAUUCCUAUGCGUUUUCAACCAUUUCAAGUGCUAUACCAGCCUACGCAAAAAAGGGGGACAUGAUUUUCGUCGAUGAGAGGGCUAAUUUUGCAAUACAGAAAGGUUUGGAUGCCUCAAGAAGUGUAAUCAAGGUCUUCAAGCAUAAUGACAUAAAAGAUCUUGAACGAUUGCUAGAAGAAACUAAAAAAGCAGAUCUCAAGAAUCCAAAGAAAGCACAAAGGUCAAGGCGAUUUCUUGUCGUAGAAGGUAUCUGUGCAAACACAGGUGAGAUUUGUCCUCUGCCUCAACUAGUUGAACUCCGAAGAAAAUACAAGCUGAGACUGUUCUUGGAUGAAAGUAUAUCAUUCGGUGUUCUUGGCAAGACUGGAAGAGGAGUCACUGAGCAUUUUGGGAUCCCAAGGACUGAGGUGGAUCUUGUAAUGGCCAGUCUGGAGAACUCGUUAGCUUCUAUCGGUGGCUUCUGUGUUGGAACUUUUUUCAUCGUGGACCAUCAGAGACUCUCCGGACUAGGUUACUGUUUCUCUGCAUCAUUGCCUCCUCUUCAUGUGAUUGCUGCGAUGGAGGGUCUCAGACGACUGGACCAACAACCGGAUAUCCUAGAAAAACUCAACCGGUUGUGUGGAGUGAUGCACGAUGCCCUCAACAGUUCCUCCAUCAUCAAUAACCACUUUACUGUCUGUGGUGACUGUGACAGUCCAGUCCACUUGUUGCUACUCAAACCCGAUGUUUGCUGCUCCAACCCCCAAUCAGUAAUCGGUGACAUCAUAGAAUUGUGCCUGCAAGAACGAAUAGCUGUGAGUAGGGCUUCUUUUCUAGCCAAUGAUUCCUCAAAGACGCCAGCCUGCAUACGGGUCACCACUUCCCUGUUCCUCUCGGACGAUGACAUCGCUGUUUUCAUCCGCACCUUGGAGUCAGCAUGUCGUCAAAAAUUUUUAGAAACUUAUUCUGCUUCAUAAUGGCACCAGUUGUAUAAGUUAUAGCCAUUGUUAUUGUUGCACUGUAAUUUGUAUCUUGUGUGUUGUCAAGACAGGCUUUUUGUACCAAUCUACAACUUAUUAAGUAUGUUUUAUUAUAUGCAACUUCUUUGUGUCUUUGAUGAGAAGAUUGCUUUACACUAAUAGGCAUCCUUAAAAAGACCUUAAGAAACUGUAUCAAAUAUUUAUUUUUGUGGAAUAAAUUUGAAAAUCAA